AAAUGUUAUUCUUGGUGUUGAGUUGGUCCAGACCACAAAUUUGUGGAGCUCAAACGUCUGUGAAGGCAGAAAAAGUACAGAGGGAGGAUAACAACAACUGGGGGAAAGACGUUCAACUGAAGGCUACAGACUGAAGCUGAAGGGAAACUAGAGUGUUCCCUCAUCCCCAAGCAGCCAUGGUCUUCCUGCUCAUAUUCCUAAUCAUGCUGCAUCUGCUCACCUUGACCAUGCUCUUCAUCGCCACCCUGCAGAAGUCCUGGUGGAUAUGGGAUGAUUUAGAAAUCACAGACCUCUGGUAUAACUGUUUCCAUGACAAUGCCACAGAUACCUGGUUGUGUGCUGCUACCAAUGAAAGUGACUGGCUGCAGUCUGUCCAGGCCCUCAUGGUCCUCUCUGUGGUCUUCUCCUCCAUCUCCUUCCUGGUUUUCCUCGGUCAUCUGUUCAUCAUGUCCAAGGGAGGACUCUUCUACCUCAUAGGCUUCUGUCAGGCUUUUGCAGGUUUAACAACCUUUGCGGCUUGCCUCAUCUUCACCUUCCACAGAAAGGAGAUCUUAAGUAAAUCUAGAGAUCUGAGCAAAGGGAGCUUUGGCUAUUGUUUCAUCCUGGCGUGGCUGUGUGUCCCGCUCCUUCUGAUCAGUGGAUUCCUUUACGUCCAUCUGCGCAAAAAGGAGUGAGACAAAUGUGAUGCUCUUCAUUCACUCUCCAGUUAAUAUACUGUAAACUGCACCUUAGAAAAUAACAAGACUGAGAACGAAAAAAAUCUUUAAAUGAUACAAUUCUCUAUUCUUUCUGACUUAAUAUCACUCUGCCGCAUAGCUUGUGGGAGAUUAUGUCAUCGUGGUGGCAUCUAUGUCUGAGAGACAUAUACGUUUUCAAGAAAACUAAAACGCAGUCAUGCUGUAAGAUCUAAAAACAUAUUAAUGUUACUUGAAGGAUUUUGAUGGCUAAUGAAAAAUGAAUAAUAAAUGCAUAACUUGUGCUUCAUGUAUGAUUGUGAUCAUGUAUUUUUAUAGUUUGUAUAAUAUAUGUUUACUUAUUAAAUCAAGUGAUACAAUGAU